GACAAGGCCCAGACCAGCCCAUCUCACAGAGCACCCUGUGACGCACGCAGAGGAAAAAUUUGCAAAAAAGACCAGGCGCAGGCGGCAAAACCAACAGAACAGGCCUAUGUUCCCAUCGAGUCGAGACGAGACCGUCCUCCGCCCGAGUCUCGCUCGCUAGCUAGGGUUUCCACCAAUGGCGGCGCCCACCACCUCCCGCCGCGGCCCCGGCGGCGCCCGCAACAUGGACGACGAGAACCUCACCUUCGAGACCUCCCCGGGGGUCGAGGUCGUCAGCAGCUUCGACCAGAUGGGCAUCAAGGACGACCUCCUCCGCGGCAUCUACGGCUACGGUUUCGAGAAGCCCUCCGCCAUCCAGCAGCGCGCCGUGCUCCCCAUCAUCAACGGCCGCGACGUCAUCGCGCAGGCCCAGUCCGGUACCGGCAAGACGUCCAUGAUCUCCCUCACCGUCUGCCAGAUCGUCGACACCGCCGUGCGCGAGGUGCAGGCUUUGAUUCUCUCGCCUACUAGGGAGCUUGCUUCCCAAACAGAGAGAGUUAUGCUGGCUAUUGGGGACCACCUCAACGUCCAAGUGCACGCUUGCAUUGGUGGAAAGAGUAUUGGUGAGGACAUCAGGAGGCUCGAGAAUGGGGUGCAUGUCGUCUCUGGAACUCCAGGCAGAGUCUGUGAUAUGAUCAAGAGGAGGACACUGCGGACCAGAGCCAUCAAGCUUCUAGUUCUGGAUGAAGCUGAUGAGAUGUUGAGUAGAGGCUUUAAGGAUCAGAUUUACGAUGUCUACAGAUAUCUCCCUCCAGAACUUCAGGUGGUUUUGAUCUCUGCAACUCUUCCUCAUGAGAUCUUGGAGAUGACUAGUAAGUUCAUGACCGAACCGGUUAGGAUCCUUGUGAAGCGUGAUGAGCUGACCCUGGAGGGCAUCAAACAAUUCUUUGUUGCUGUUGAGAAAGAGGAGUGGAAGUUUGAUACACUUUGUGAUCUUUAUGAUACACUCACCAUCACCCAAGCUGUUAUUUUCUGCAAUACUAAGAGAAAGGUGGAUUGGCUCACUGAAAAAAUGCGUACAAAUAACUUCACCGUAUCAGCUAUGCACGGUGACAUGCCCCAACAAGAAAGGGAUGCCAUUAUGGGUGAGUUCAGGUCUGGCGCAACUCGUGUGCUAAUAACUACAGAUGUUUGGGCUCGAGGACUGGACGUUCAGCAGGUUUCACUUGUCAUAAAUUAUGAUCUCCCAAAUAAUCGUGAGCUUUACAUCCAUCGCAUUGGUCGUUCUGGUCGUUUUGGGCGCAAGGGUGUGGCGAUCAAUUUCGUGCGCAAGGAUGACAUCCGUAUACUGAGAGAUAUAGAGCAGUACUACAGCACACAAAUUGACGAGAUGCCAAUGAAUGUUGCUGAUCUUAUUUGAGCAGCAAGAGGAUCGGGAGGGGAGCUUCUUGUGUUGGCUUGAGGCCCUUGGCGCGAGUGUGGCUGUGGACUGGAGCAGAUGGGCUUUGUAGUUGGGUGUGGAGCAGAGAUUAUUUCCGUUUUUGCCAUGGCAUGAACUGUAUAUAUUUUAGCUCGCUCCAGCUCAUGUAACACUUUGUUGCUGCGUUUGUGCUUGGGAUACGAAGACCUGUGUUGAUGGCUUCGUUAGUGUGACACUGAUUUGGCGUCGGAUUUUUGUUUGUCAUCUGUCAUUCCUGUGCUGAUCUGAAUUGCUGUUUGUUUAUUAUUAUUAUUAUUACAAUUACUAUCAAUUAUUAUGGUUGACUGGUAUUACAAUUA